GAAAAGUAAUUUUGGUUAUGCGAUGCGAAAAUGCGAAAAUCCAUUUCCUCAAAAAUGUUUAUGGAGUUUCAAGGGACAUAACCUCCAAUAGUGUUGUAAAUAAUACACAGUAGUGAUGUGGUGUUUGAGAAAAUGUUCCUACAAUUAAUGAACAAGUAUAUUUUUAUUAAUUUAGGGUAGUAAACAACUUAAAUUAUUCGAUAUGGCUGUGAGCAGUUGGAUGCUCAGGCAACAGAACAGAUACAAUAGGUCAACAAGACAUAACAAACAGGAAGAUGUGCUGGCACAGUUGCAAAGUUUAGGGCCUCAAGGAAGCUGCACAAAGCUUUUGGAGAAAAUAUGCGAUCUUAACGUCAAAGAAGAGAUACUCUUCAGCUACCUGAAUGCAUUUGUGAAGUUAACAUUGAAAUGUGGAGACGACUUUGAAUACACCAUUGAACAAAUAUUGACCUGUUUAAGGCUUUCUCUCAUUCACAACUCUGCCCAAAUUCGAACAGCCGGUUUAAGAUGUAUACGACAUGUCCUUAAAACAGAAACAGAUAUUGUACAGGCAAAUAAGUUAUUAAUACCUUAUUUAUUAACGAGGUCACUUGAUUUAAUUUUAAGAAACGAUGUUGAACGAAUAGAGGCAAUGAAGCUAAUAAGAAAAACUUUAAUAAUAUCGGCUACUACUUUUGAUAUCGCUCUUGCGCGAUGUUUGGUUUCUCUGGCUUACGAAGGUGCUGAAGCUAAAGAUAGAAUGCUUAGGGUGUGCAUGGCUACUUUAUCGGAAUUGUGUGUUCUAAAUUCAAAAUUGUUUAUUGCCUCUGGCGGCGUAACAGCAAUAUCUCGAAAUUUAUUAGAGUGCCAAAGUCCUAAAAUCGCUGAAUCCUUAUGCGGGGUGCUGCUUUUACUUUUAGAUAAGCCUUCGACAAGAAAUUUAGCUGCCGUCGAUUUGCAUUGCACAGCAGCUCCUUAUUGCGAUUUUCACUACAAACACGGAUCCAAAGAUAAGAACAAGAGAGAUGAACGUGAGCUGAGAUUAAAUUGUGCUCGAUUAUCUUUACUAACGAUACUGCGAAGUUGGCCGGGUAUUUUACAUUUUUGCAGCCCGACUGAUAGAGGGGGUUUCAGAGCAAUUGUCGAAGUUCUGUACUUACCUCAACUUGAAGUUAGAAAAUCAGUAUUAGAUCUUCUGUACGAACUGCUUGGUCUGUCCCAACCGGAGUGGUCAGAUGAAUUGUCUGUAGCGUUGAGUGCAGUUGAUCCGUGCGAGCCUCAAGCCUCAUGGAGGCUGAACGAAGGUUUCGUGGUGGCAGAGGGUCGUUCCAUUCUACCUCAUUUGGCCAAAACAACUCCAAGUACAACCGAUAUGCAUUUGGCCCUCUUGUUAUAUUGUUUUCUAGAAAACGGCCUUUUGGCAGCUUUGACAGAGGUGAUAGCAACCAGUGAUACAUUUAUAUGCGUCAGAGCUUCUAUUUUGCUAGGUGAACUUUUAAGACUUAUCCAAGUAUUGUUACCUCCUGGUUGUUGUAAUAUUUCUCCUUCUCUUCCAUCGUUAUUAGAAUAUGCAACGAAGAGUAAACCCCAAGCUAUUGCUGCGAUUACUGCGCUACAACAACUACACAUGUUAAUGAAACGCAGACCAGCUUCUUACAGUCUUCAUCUAGAUUAUAUAAUUAGGAAUAGUGUUCAUAAAAGAAAUGAACACAAACAUGUGAAAAAUGUCAAAUAUAGACAUGUUAGUACUAUACAAAGAAAAAUACAUCAGCUGGUCCUUAGAGAUGGCGAUGAUCCAAUUAAGGAAACCGGAGUAUUAUUAAGCAACGAUGCUUACACGUGGGAUUGGAGCUUAAUCAAUAUUGUAUUAAAGGGGGAAAACAACUCUAGAAUCGACCUAAACGACAUUGCCCAUCGGACGUUUAUAAAAAAACUGAUCGAAUUCUAUAUGCCUUCGAAAAACAAGUAUUCGCACAUGGACUUGGGUACUUCGAGAACGUCGAUGGUUUAUACAACUGCUGGCAUAGAGCUCAUCAACUUCCUAGUGGAACUUCGAGAUUCCGAUUACAAUGGACUCAAACCCCUCAAUUUGAUCGUGGAUCUUUUUAAAGACAUUCUAAGCAAUAUCGAUUCCAUAAUGACGAGCAAGAGCGUCCAUGAUUGUCUCUUCAGUCCUCAGCAUAUGGUGAAUACGCAUUGCCAGAGCUAUUUUUUGUUCAUCGGACAAUUUUCGAGAACUGAAAUUGGAAUUAAGGUUUUGGAGAACAUCAAUAUGUUUAAAGAAUUAAAAGAAUUGGCAACCACUACAAACCAUGACUGUUACGUUAAACUCAUAAUAUCGUCGUUGGAGUACAUUUUCCCAGGUCCGUCUAGAGACAUUUUAGAAGCUGUAAUAACAUGUAAUCAGGAAAGUUCCCGUCUCUAUGCCACUCAGUUCCUCCACGUGCUACUUCGCGCUGGAAACCCUCUAUUUUCUUCAUGGGCCAUUCAGUUAUUAGUCAAUCAACUGUACGAUAAAUCCCGGUCCAUUUUUCUCUCUGCUUUGGCCACCCUGAACGAAGCCUGCGAAUUACCAGAAUGUCUGCAAGCGCUUAUUGAUAUUAAUCCAGAUUUGGGAAAGUUGGGGGAGAAGGGGACUUUGCUGUUUGUGAGAUUCUUGUCGAUGGAAAGUGGGUUUAAUAAGGUCACGAAAGAAAGGGCUUCUCAGGAGAUUAAGAAAUGGGAUGACGGUUUUAGCUGCAGAUACGUUAAACUCGUUGAAGGCGACAUAGCUGACGCGCUAACUCUGCAUCAGCGUAACGAUGAUGGUAAAUAUGACAAAAGGUCUAGUAAUCAAAGAAAUACCAAUCGAAAAGACGUAUUUCUCCCUCCACACUUAUAUGGGCAGCUGGUACAAUAUGUACAAGGGUUUGAGUUGUUGAUUAGCCAAGGAAAAACAACCCAAAUGAUUGAAAUUGUUAAGGCCGCGAAAUGCACGACAGACGAAGAAAUCUUAAAGCUGAAAGCUGCGAUUUGGACACUAGGUCACAUGGGAACGUCAAAUCGUGGCUAUGAUUAUCUUACCAAUUUUGGAGUCGUAGAUCUGAUCGUAGGAUUUGCCAAAUGGUCCCCAGUAUAUUCUGUGCGAGCUACAGCUUUUUAUGUUUUAGGGCUUUUAGCAACUACCCCGUUAGGAGCUGAUGACCUUAACAGAAAAAGGUGGUUGUGCACCAGACACGACAGGCACGAAAAUUGGCCUGUUAUACGAGAAGAAGCGGAAGACUGGUUUUAUGGUCGGAAUCCUAGUGCAUCAACUUCUGAAGACGUGAUUUCUUUUGGAAGUCCUUUUGUCAAGGAAUUUGAGAUGGUUCCCGAAGAUGAAGAUUAUCCCGACGAAAGACAGGAUUUUUUGAGAUCUCCAUCUUCGCCAGAAGGUAGAAGAAUCAGACAAUCUACACUGCCUACAAGCAAAAGACCCCAGAUUGGGUUUCAUAAACGAUCGUUAUCAGAAUCGAAAACUUUCGAAACUAAUAACGGUUUUUAUGAAGACAUUCGCCCGCACCCUGUACCGUUUAUUACGACCGGAAGACAUAGAAAUAGUUCCAUGACAGAAUCCACAACUUCCGGCGUUAGUUCGUGCGAUUCUUUAUUAAAUAAGCCCGGUGUUGGUGGUACCUACGUGAAAACUUUAAGUCCUAUUCCAAGUUCCUCUAGUUUAAGUACGUUACAAUUACCUCCACAAUUCAAAAGAGUUUCUCACAGAAUAUCAUCUACAAGUACCACAAAUUCCGAUAUCUCAACGUCAUCGUUAACUGGUAGUGCGUCGAAUGAAUUAAGUGUUCAAAACCUCGUAGGAUACAAUACGUUAAGACUUCUGCGACGAAUGGAAGGCAUGAAUUACGAUAAAAUAAAUUAUGACGAUUAUUAUUCAUUUAAUGCAGCUUCCCAUCCAAGGCCAAGCAGUUCGUUAUUCGACGACUUCUACCUAUUUAAUUCUAGUUUUACAUCAGUAUUCAGCGUUCCUAAGUUCGAAAUAGAAACCUCAACCUCAUCCCAUGACGAUAAACGGUACAUGGGUAUUUGCCUGCCGAAAUUUUUAAUGGAGAUUUUUCCUAGUCAAGAAGAAAUUACCAGGUCGCCUUACAUUUUCCAAGAUCCACUGAGAAAAAAUUCGAAUGAUGAGAAAGUAUGGCAACACUCGAAAAAAGGUUGCUUUCUUUGCAGCCAAGCGGAUAAUCAAGAUAAGGCUAUUGAUUUUAUAAAAGACCCCGUUAAAAUCGAAAUCCUUCAGAACAUUGAACGUUUAGCGAAUCCAAUCUCGAACAAAUACAUCAAAUCUCAUCUCAUUCGCCUGAAGCAGCGUGAACCCGAAGCGUUUAGAGACAUUUGCGUCUACUCGGAAGUCUGCAAAAUAUGUUCAGAGAACAUCUACAGGUCGCCGACGAGGCGAGUGCUGCACGAAUUGUUUUUAGAUGUCGAUUUUCAGCGGUUAUACGAGCCAUCCCAGAAAGUGAUAAAAUCUAAUAAUAUCAGUGGACGCAAUUCAUUGCAAAUUGAAGAAGACACUGCCAGUGUAGAAAGUAAGAGCUUAUCUAGUGGUGCAACUAGUCCAACUGAUGUUAAAACUUUGGAUUCAUUAAAACUCACGUUUAACGAAAACAAGUUCCCCAUAAGAAAUAAAAAGUAACAAAUUGUAUUUUUCCAAUUGUUAAAGCGUUUCUUUUUUCUUUUUUACUUUUUGGGUUUGUAUAUCUUUUUUCGCUUUAAUUUUUAAGAGGUUUUCUCGUAGAUGUUCGUUCAAUAAGUACAAUAGUCGAGAAACACUGGACAAUUUCAAAGUUGAUUUUUACUUGGUUUUGGAAUAGUUUUGUUUUUGAACCGUAUUUUAUACAAUCUAUUUAAAUGGAUCAUUCCUAAUGAAUACAAUUUAUGUAUAUUUUUUGUUUUUUUUUUUUUUGUACAAAGUCUCGAGAGAUUAUAAUAUCGUUCGCCUGAAACGAACGUAAGGCCAUAUAUUUUAAAUAGAAAGUUGCUCUUUGCCGUUAAAGUCCAUUCGUUCAGCAGAAUAUUUUAACUGAUUCAUUGCCGGAAAAAUGCAACAUAAAAAUUCCUACCUCUAAAUAUAAAUGGUUCAGGUAAGCUUAUUGUUGCAGAUUUCUUUCAUUAAAAAGAGAAGAAUAAUCAUGAAUAAUGGGAGUGUAUAUUCAUUAAUUUUCAUUAAAAACUGGUUUUCCAAAAUAAACUUUAGUUUAAUUGAUACGGUUUUAUAGAGUUUUAUACAGUUUUUAUUUUGUUAAUAAACUGCAUAUAAAUAUUUUUGUUAAAAUAUUGACCUUGAGCAUGUAUCCUUAUUAGUUAUUCACAGCCACUGCCAGUAACGUAAAAAUUCAUCAAUUUUUCAUUAAGUAACGUAAUCAACUCAACAAAAAGCUAAUUACUAAAUUUACUAGACAGUUGGGACUGGGAUCAGCGAACCUGAUUUUCCGAACCUGAACCCAGUAUAUUCGUUCCUGAUUUUCCGAGCAAGCCAGGAACUAACGAACUUUUUCACUUACUAAAACGAAGUAAAAAAAGAAUGUGUGUGUACUUUGUACGCACGUAAGAAGUUAUACUUCUAUUAUAUGAUUUCAACGAAAUUAAUAUACUUUAAACAGUUUAUUUAUAUUUUAUUUAAAUACUAAAAUAAUUUUAAUACUUACUACUUUUCUAAAAAUUUUAUUAAAACAGUAGGUACCAAAAAUUAAAAAAAUAAAAGAAUGAAACACACACAAACACAUUGAAAAAUGCCACAAAUGAUUUCUGAACAAUAAUUGUCGGAAAAAAUUUUAACUAAAUACGUAUUUUCUGAAAAAAAAAAUUAUAUAAUAAAUAUAUUUUACUGAAGCUAUUUCCUUGUGGCAUUUUUAUAAUAAACUAUUUUUAAUGGGAAAUAAGCCACAAUUUUAAUAAAAUCAUUUUUUGGGUAAAAUUGUGGCUUAUUUCCCAUUAAAAAUAGUUUAUUAUAAUAAGUAUACUUACAAUCAAAAAAUGUAUAAAAAAAAUAAAAGUUUCUAUUGGGGUUCGAACCCGCUUAUGGUUGCGCAGUUGUUAGUAUUGGAAUUCAUUCAUCUUACACUUUUACCCACGGAGACACAUGCAUCAUGUGGGAAGAUCGACGAACUAAACAGUUUAAACUUUUGACAGUUCUGAAUUUAACCAAAUUAUUUUGAUUUUUGUAGAAUAUUGAAAUAUUAAAAUACAACAAAACAUAGAGUAAGAAAACAAUAUAUGUAUUAGGUGAAUAUUGACAAAAAUUUUGAUGGUAAUCAAAUUAUGUAAAUCAAAGCAUUAUAUAUACUAUUUUGGUAGGUUCAUUUUAAAUUUUCCAAAUAGGUAGGUACCUAAACUUACGUGCAUAGAAAUCGGCCCACUUAAAAAUUUGGUCAUUUUUGAUGUCUCAUAUUUCCUAAACCUGUUGGCCGAUUUAAGUGAUUUUUUGAACAUGUUAUAGCCUGAUUCUUUAAAAAUACCACUGGAAUAAUAUUGUUGCUAAACAGGUAAAUUUUCAUUAUAUACCGGGUGUACCAAUCAAACUGUGUUUUUUCUCGAAAGUUCGCAUCACCCGUGAAAUAUUCUAGCAUUUAUAAACUACUGAAAUUAAAACCCAACUAUAGCCUCAGGUUUUUUUAACAUUAUAUUUUUUGAUUCAUUCGUUUAUGUUGGAUAAUAAAAAAGUUAGGUACUUUAACAACUAGACAUGUUAUUUCAUCAAUAAACGGUGUUUUUAAAUAAAUACGACAAACUUUAAGGGGUAAUUCUGCAUGAAAAAAUAAUGACAGUUGGCUUUAUAAACGUAUGUCCGCAAAUGUUUCGUUUCGGAGAUACGGGAUGUUGAAUUUUUUCUUACAAACUGGCGAUUUAUUAUUGCUUUAAAACCAGUUGAGAUAUGCAAAUGAAUUUUGGUAGGUGUUAAGAGCAUAUUGUGCAUACGGGUAAUAUGAUCGGUCGUAUUACAAGUAUGCGCGUUAAUGGUGAAUAUUAAAUUCUUAAUUGUAUGUCAAAAAAUGUGCAAUAACUACGUCUUAAAACCCACCAAAUUUCAUUGGCAUAUCUCAACCGGUUUUAAAGCAAUAAAAUAAAUCGUCAGUUUGUAAGUAAAAAUUCAACAUCCCGUAUCUCGGAAACGAAACAUUUGCGGACAUCCGUUUAUCAAGCCAACUUUCAUUAUUUUUUCAUGCAGAAUUAUGCCUUAAAGUUUGUCGCACUUAUUUAGAAACACCGUGUAUUGAUGAAGAACAUAAUGUGUAGUUGUUAGAGUACCUAACUUUUUUAUUAUCCAACAUAAACGAAUGAGUCAAAAAAUAUAAUGUUAAGAAAACCUGAGGCUAUAGUUGGGAUUUAAUUUCAGUAUUUUAUAAAUGCUAUAAUAUUCCACAGGGUGAUGCGAACUUUGAGAAAAAAACACAGUUUGAUUGGGACACCCAGUAUACAAUGAAAAUUUACCAGUUUAGCAAUAAUAUUAUUACAGUGGUAUUGUUAAAGAAUCAGGCUAUAACAUGUUCAAAAAAUAACUUAAAUCGGCCAACAGAUUUAGGAAAUAUGGGACAUCAAAUAUGACCAAAUUUUUAAGUGGGCCGAUUUCUAUGCACGUAAGUUUAUGUAAUUUUGUAUUAUGAUACUGAAACAUUUACAAUUAUUACGUACCUGUCGCUUUUAAAAACUAUUUAAAAAGUCACUACAAUUAUAAACUUGCUUUUUUCUCUGCCAUCACAACAAUAAAAACUAAUAUAGGUACACAACAUUUGUUUAUCCAUAAUCUCCAACAAUUAUUGACAGAUGAUUUUAACACCCAAUAAGAUCCCGUAUAACGUUUGAGCGACUAAUACCAUACUGUCGGUGUGCGCAUGCGCCCAGGAAAAUAAAAUUCACCCUCGUGUGUAAAGAAGUAUAACUUCAAAAUAAUUAAAUAUUCUGAGAGUCAGUUUGAAGAAGCCAAAUUCAUUAAAUAUCGCAUAACUGAAUUUAUCGAGAGGUAAAAAAUCUAAAUUAAAUAUUUAAUCAUAUAGAAAAAUCCUGUAGUAGAGAGGAGAGUGCUACUAUAGACCAGGGCGGAUCUGUGAAAAAAACAUUUAGAUGUGAGAGCUGGCAUUCGGAUUUUUACAGAAAAAGCUAUGUUAUAACUUAGUAAUAUUAAUUGACUUAUCCUCCCCUUCAAUUAGGUCGGGAACAUUAAAGGAUUAGGCGCAAAAUUUCGGCUCCAAUGCUUUUUAAAUGCAUUCAUUUUUUUCGAAUUAUGAGAAAACUAAUAAGUAUUUUGAAAAAUUUAAAGCCAGAAUGAAAAAUUACGUUAUAACCGAUGGCCGAAAGUCCCUGAAAACUUCUAUAAUGUUUAUUUUAAUAAGUUACAGGGGUGAAAAAAAGAGAGAAAAUUUGGUUCCAUGACAUCUCGUAACGCGACAGUUCGUAACCAGACAAAUUGUAACGGACAAUUCGUAACAGCGACAGUUCGUAACGGCGACACUUCGUAACGUCGACAGUUCGUAACUUAUAAUUCGUAACGUCCAAAUCGAAUUAUUCUGUUUAUUUUUGUUGACGUGAAAACUAAAUGUUAUUACAAUUAUAAAUGAAAUUAUGUUUAUCAGUUUAACGAAUCAAUAUCGGGAUAAACAUUUUUAAGGCAUUUCAUAUUUCGUGUUUCAGAAUAUAAUAAAAGUAUUUAAACCACGUAUUAAAGUAUUAAAAGCCAUCCCUCUUAUCAACUAUAACCGUUGAUUGAAUGCCCCAACGCUAUAACCAAUUACAAGGUUUAUUAUAAUAACAGGUAAUUAUAAUCUUUCCUUUACAAAAUGUUUACUAGAAAAUUGGGAAUGUCUAAAGAUGGUUGUUGGCUUAAAUAUUUCACGAAUUACUUCAUUAUUCCUUUCUCUAGGUAUAUGCAAAUUUAAGGAACAAUAAGAGAGAUAAACUUUUAAAAAUAUUGUUAAAAGUUUGUAUGUAUUUAAACAUUUGUUUGUGUUUAAAGACUUUUAAUACGUAUAUUCUGAAACACGAAACAUAAAUGUGUUAAACAUGUUUAUCCCGGUACUGAUUCGUUAAAUUAAUAAACCUAAUUUUAAUUAUAACUGUAAUAACAGUUAGUUUCCACGUUAACAAAAAUAAACAGAAUAAUUCAAUUUUGACGUUACGAAUUUGUAUAGUUACGAACUGUCGCUGUUCGAAUUGUCCGUUACCAGUUGUCCGGUUACGAACUGUCGCGUUACGAGAUGUCUGGUCACGGAAAAUUUAGUGUGAUUUUUAAUUUCAAAUAUCUCUGAAACUUUCUGUUUAUUCUAGGGACUUUCGGUCCUCGGUAAUAAUGUAAUCUUUCAUUCUGCGUUUAAAUUUUUCAAAAAUAUUUAUUAGUUUUUCAGGAUUCGAAAAAAUUAAUGCAUUUAAAAGCAUUGUAGCCGAAAUUUUGCGCCUACGCCCUUAAUAAAAAAAUAUUUAAAAAUUACUAAAAAUAUCUUUUCUUUACUUUCCUUGCUUAUAACUCUAAAACGAUUUAUUUUGGAGCAAAGUCAUAACGAAAUAAAAUAAAGAUAAUUGCAUUUUCUAAAAAAUACGAAUGAACGAAGAAGUACUGCAUAGAAUAGGCCAUUAAAGAGAACUUUUCAACACAGUGAAAGUUAGAAAAUAUACCUAAGCCACAUACUGAGAAAUAAUAAGUACCCAUAUGCUCAACUAAUAGUGAAAGGAAAGAUCGUGGGAAAGACAGGCAAGGAAGGAAAAGACUAUCGUGGCUAAGAAACAUCCGACAAUGGCCAGGCUAAAUUUUGAACAGCUGAAGACAGAGAAGUGUUUGCAAUUGUAGCAGCCAACUUCCAUUGAGAAAAGGGUACUUUAAGAAGAAGAAAAAUGAGAUACGAUGGGCUAAAACAUGUUGUAAUUUAUUACUCCGGCUUCAAAAUAGAAACAAAUACAAAAAAGCGGAAAAAUAAGCCCUUUUCUAUGGAUGCUAUACAAUGUGCAACUUCUCUCACUACUUACAUACAUUCAAAACGAACAAUUUAUCACGCAGUGAGAAAAGUCGGCCAUUGCAGUGAGAAAUAUUUUUUCUCACGGGUUCUACGGUUUUCCAUAUAUGAUCGUCGCCAUGGUAACAUGCACAAUACAAACACAAUUAAUGUUGUCAAACAAAAUGUUUUGAAUCAAAACAUAUCACGAAUUACCUUUCAAAACUGUUCAAACAUAACUAAUAAUUAGAAUUUUAAAUAAAUAACGUAUAAAAAUUUUAAGAAUAUUAAAACCUACAGGUAAGUAUAUUAUGUAUUUUAUUUUUAAUUUAUGCAUAAAUAUACCUACAGCACCUAAAUUAAUUAAUUUUGAAGUUUGAACUCUUGACAAAACCGCAUCCAUACAAAAAGUACAGUGUACAACACAUGAGAAAAUGAUAUAUUUCUCCCUCGCUUGAUUUGCGGCACUCGCAUCGUGCCUCGGCUCGUACCAACAAACUUCUGCGCUCGUGAGAAAUAUGUCUUUUUUCUCACUUUGUUGUACAAUAUACUAUUUCUUAUUCAAUGUUUUUUAACCACUUAGAUUGCACGGAGGACCUUCAUAAUUCGCAUUCGAUUCGCAUAAUAAUUUUGCAAUCUUCAAUUUUCAAAAAGAGAUUUUUUAAAAUUUUGCACAAUAAAAACUAGACCAUAUUAUAGAAGUUUGAUAAGGUUCAUGUAAAUGUAAAUGCAACAUUUUCCCACAAUAGCAAGCUUGGCAUGUUACAUAUUCUUGAGAUUGAAUUCUAAAUUAAAAGAUAUUAAAAAUUCAAAUACUCUUCAAACUUGGCUAACAGUUCUUCAUUUAUCGAUGGAUCCUGGUCGACAAGAACACCUUUUAUUUUGUGUGCUCCUUAUGUAGCGUGCCGUCGUUGCCAAUAUAAAAUACGCCCGCUCCCAGGGCGGCAAAUUAUAGAUGACACUCAAUUUUUGUGUACCAAGUGUCUACCAAGUAAGGAAGGAGGCGGCGGUCACUGAUCUUGCCCAGGGCGACAAAAUCCCUAGGGCCGCGCCUGCCCGCUCCCACUCAUUUCAAAGCAUAAUAUUCACUCCAAUGUUAAAUUACACGUAGUUUAUAGGCUUUCGACAUCGUAUGAGUGCAGUAAAUUAUUUUUUAACCAUUCCUAGAUUCGUAUCCUUUUCUCACAGAGGAGUCGAAAAAAUGUACGUUAAAGAACAUAUGUUAAUAAUAUUUUUAUACAAUUGUUACAACGGAUCUUUGCAUCCUGAAUUACUAGGUCUUUUUUUACUUACUGAAACUAGUAUCGCAAGCGGCUUAAUUAUGCCGCUUGUCCAUAGAAAUCACAAUAAGUUAAACAAGGAUAAGCGAUACUCCAUGUCUUUGAUACGUUAUUUACUAAGAAUUUUGACGUUUAUCAUUUUCAGUUACAUUGGCGCAUUUUUGUUGCGCGCAUUUCAUUGUAUUAAUUAUCAAACAUAAUUGUUAGAACGACUAACUGUUGCUCUCUUAUUUGAUUACUUCCGUUAAUUAUUUAUUUUUAAGCUAAUGAGACAAGUAAUAUCUUUUAACCUACAAACUGUUAUUAUACUACAUGAGUCUGGCUAUAGUUUUGUCGAACGGAAACUUAUUUGUUUAGUAAUACUCGAUAUGAUGUUCAAGCUGUUCAAUGUUGAGUUCAUUUAUCUCCUCAAUAGUGAAAAAAGAUCAAGCACUUCAAUAAAGUAACUUUAUAAAAUACGUCCACGGGAUAAUAGCCAUUUCCUACUAAUUACAUUGAUAGUAAAUGCCGAUGCACAGUGGUUCCAUAUGCUGAAAACGUGGUCAUGAUAUAAAAUAAAAUAUCCCUAUUCUGGAAUUUUCAUGUUUACAGUUGUUUUCUCGUUCUAUCGUAGAGUCAUAAUACACGGGCAUAAGGAUCAGACCGGAUCUAUUCUUAUUCAUAAUUCCGGGAUAAGUGAGUCAUGUACGACCUUAUUUUUGAACGCAGUGAAAAUCAAAAAGAACGCGUAUAUUGAAAACGCUGUAAAACGUUUUGUGGUUUAUCAAUUUUAUUGCUGUAAACUACUGUAAAGCAUAUUCUUCUUUUUAUAUAUUAAUGUAAGAUAAAAGCUGACUAAAGAUUUGAUAACAAUAAAUACAUAAAAUUUGUUAAUGAAUAAGCAGUAAAAAUAUACUUGAAAUAAUCAAAAAUUCGUAAAGAUACAUUCAAAAAGUACAUAAUUCUCCAUAAUUCUGCGAUUAAUGUGUAUUAAUCUCAAAAGUUACAGUCAGAAGAUACAAAAUCACAUUGAUUUAGUUGCCUUUAACUUCCUUUGCAUUGCUGGCAGUUGUUUAAAAACAAAACUGUGGAAUGACGCAUAUUACAUGAUUCUGGCGAUUAUUGCGUAUACAGUGAUGAGCGCACUAAUAACCGGCAAAAUAACACAAUAGAUGGAAAACAAUUAAGUUGUGAGAUAAAAAGAAAUGAAACUAGUGGAGGUGAGAAAUUUAGCGAUAGAAACCUAUAAAUUUACAAUAUAUUUAUUGUUUCUCACCUUUAGACGUAUCGGACGAGUUUGGCAACUACCAUUGUGACAGUGACAGUUUGGGUUGACAUACUCGUCUGAUACGUCUAAAGGUGGGAAACAAUAAAUAGAAUGUAACUUUAUAGUUUCAUUUCUUUUUAUCUCACAACUUAAUAUGUUUUCCAUCUUUUGUGUUAUUUGCCCGUUAUUAGCGCGCUCAUCACUGUAUAUCAUUAUGGGCGGUUGUACAUAAGUAAUAGGUUCUAUUAAAUAUUGUACUUCAAAAAGAAAAUGUAUUGGCGAUCAGCAAUUACAAAAGUCCCUUAUAAUACAAUAUUUCAAAUAAAUAAUAUUUAUUUAUUUAAAAUAAAAUUUUUGAACUUCUUUCAGCCAUAUUGGAUCCGCCAUUUUGUUUUUCACAAAAAUAAUGUUAGAUUUGUAAUCAGCGACCUUAAACCAACAAAUUUGACCAAAUUUUGGGUUUUGAUUGAUAUUUUUAAUUUUUCCGCCAUGUUGGAUCCGCUAUUUUGUUUUUCAAAAAAAAAAUGUCAGAUUCGUAAUCAGCGAUGCCAAAAACCUUACGGUAUGAAAGUAAUUUCGAAGUUUAUGGACAAUAUACGCUUUUUAAUGUAUUGAUUUAACUUGUUUGCAAAUCAAUCAUUACGUUUUUGCAAAGAUCCGUUGGAACAACUGUAUGUUGAUAAGUUUAUUAGAUUCCAAAUAAAAAUUUGUAAAAGCAAUAUUCAACGUAUAAAACAGGUCAAACACAGUAGAAAAUUGCGAUCCAUAAAGAACAAGAAUUAGUUGAUUCUAAAAAUUCUGCAAUUAAGUUAAAUUGUGCAAAAAAUGCAAAUCAAGGGGAGCCAUACAAAUAUAUUUUAUUUAAUAUUAUACAGUAUAAACACAUAAACCCCAAACAAUAAAAUGACAGGAUUUAUAAAAAAAACAAAA